AUGGAGGACCUACCAAACGCGGAGCUACCACCGUCCUCCGACUACCCCCCACAGUAUCACACUGGUCGUGUGCCGAAUAGUAAGGCUGGAGAUGGCAAACCACGGCUCUUACUCAUGGGACAAAGAAGGAGUGGCAAGUCGUCUAUAUCGAGUGUAGUCUUCCACAAGCUACCACCCAGCGAAACGUUAUACCUUGAGACUACCUAUCGGAUCAAGAAGGAAUCAAUGCACUCAUUCAUGGAUUUCCAAGUCUGGGAUUUGCCAGGUCAUUUGGACUACUUCGACCCUGCCUUUGACACAGACAAUAUUUUUGAGGAAAUAGGCGCCCUGAUCUGGGUCAUUGACGCACAGGACGAGUACCUCGAUGCCAUUGCCCGGUUGAACAUGACGAUACUGAACCUUCAACAGUCGUAUCCCAACAUCAACGUUGAAGUCUUCGUCCACAAAGUGGAUGGUUUAUCGGAUGACUUCCGAGGCGACACCUUCCGGGACAUAAUCCAACGUGUGCAAGAUGAACUCAGUGACAACGGCUACGAACAAGCACCCAUAUCCUUCUACCAAACGAGCAUUUACGAUCAUUCCAUUUUCGAGGCUUUUAGCAAAGUGAUCCAAAAGCUGAUUCCACAGCUGCCCACUUUGGAAGCACUACUCAACAAUCUCUGUGGCGCGUGUAACAUCGAAAAGGCCUAUUUGUUUGACAUUAUGAGCAAAAUCUACAUUGCCACGGAUACGAGCCCGACGGACAUUGGCAGCUACGAGAUUUGCUCCGACUAUAUCGAUGUAGUCAUCGAUGUUAGCGAGAUCUAUGGAUGGGACCGGCUGGACGAAGAACCUGAUGAGAGCGAGACUGGCAACAAUGAUGCAGAGAGUCUAAUCACCAUGGAGAAGAAGAACAGCAGAUAUCUGUACCUGCGUGAGAUCAACAAAUACCUCGCGUUAGUGUGUAUCAUGGGUCAGGACAACCCAGCCGAGAAAAAGGCCAUUAUCGAUUACAAUGUGGGCGUCUUCCAAGCGGGCCUAAAGCAAGUGUUCCCAAAGAGCGACCGAGAAGCACAGAUUGAGAUUCGUGCUGCAAAUGAUGAUUAG